AUGAUAAGAAAAGCUGGGUAUCCCGUGGAAGCUCACGUUAUAAUGACGGAGGACGGCUAUCUUUUGACAUUACAUCGUAUCUCAGGUGACAACGAUUCUUUACCCGUGCUGCUGUUGCACGCUUAUCUACUAGCAGAUCAGGGAUACAAUGUUUGGUUGGGGAAUUUUCAUGGUACUACCUACUCGAAGACACAUAUUUCUCUAUCUCCGUCGAAUCCGACAUUUUGGAAUUUCAGCUUUGACGAAAUAGGCAUCUAUGAUGUAUCCGCGAUGGUUACAUUUAUUACGAACUUGAGAUCCCAACCGUUGCACACAUGUGUUGGUCAUUCUAUGGGCACAACGUGUUUUUACGUAAUGGCAUCAGAGCGUCCAGAAAUCGCUCGAAUGGUGAAAAUGAUGUUCAACUUCGGACCGGUCUUUCUAAAUCAUAUGCAAAGUCCGAUACGAUUCUUGGUUCCCAUCAGGAGAAUGAUUAAAACCUUGCAACCCAUCAUCUUAAGUGACUUCCUGGACGUCGUCUCGGUUAAAGCAAUGGAACACUAUGUUCAAGAAAUCCAUUCGGGCAAGUUUCGCAAGUAUGAUUACGGUCGCGCGAGAAAUCAAUUGAUAUAUAAUUCGGCUGAACCUCCGGACUACAAUCUGGCGAAUAUUACUGUACCUAGCGCAUUAUUCUAUGGUUCUGGCGACUUGCUAGUUAAUAUCGUCGAUGUGAAAAGAUUAUAUCGCAUACUUCCCAAUGUUGUGGAUCUGUACGAAGUGCCGUGGUCCAAAUUCAAUCAUCUGGAUUUUAUAUGGGCUAAGGAUGCGCCCAAACUCGUGUAUGAAAGAGCAUUCAAGCUUAUGAAGAAUACAAAUUUAAACAAUGUUAUAUUGAUAGGAUAA